ACCCGGAGUGAAGUUCCAGCGAGGAUAGCGGCCGGCGGCGUAGACGGAGGGAAGAACAACCACCGUCGGUUUGGUUUGACACCAAGAGAAGGAAGCCUCGGCAACGAGGACGGCGGCUUAGGCAGAUGGAAGAAGAGGUUGGAAGAGCCACAGCGAAGGGAAGACCAACCGGCGACCAGGACGACCGACGGUGACGAGUACGACAGGCCGAGACGCGUACAGCCGGCGGUGAGUAGGACUACAGGGGGCGACAAGGAAGCACAGUUUGGGCAGUCGGCAGAAGACCUCUAUUCAGUUCCCAGGAUCAAGUAAUGUUCUGAAUUUCUGAUUGGUUAAAUCAAUCUCGCUCAUCCUCUUCCUCUCCCAUUUCACAGCCCAAGCCCUAAUUCUUCCUCGUUAGCUUUCUCUUCCGCUCCCUGCUAGCGAUCUGACAAACUUACCAUCAUCCUUUUUCCUAGCAAGAAAUCCUCUCUCGUGUCUCUUCAAGCUCAUUCAAUCGACUUAAAGACUCAGCUUCAACCUGCCGACCAUGUAUCUCUCAAGACAAUUAAGCAACACAUCUGAAACAUCAAUUCCGUUUCUUGGCAGCAAAAUGCACCACAUCACCAAUCCAUGCUGGUGCGCCCAGCACCCGUCCCACUGAUGUUCUUCUCGAGUGAGCCAGUGUACUGGAGAAGUGAAAGAACAUGGCUUUCUUCGGUCUCAUGCAAACAAAAUGAAAGAAUUGGAAUCGGAUAUGCAAUGGCAGUAGUUCCCCUCCCUUGAUUUGCGUGGUGGCCCGAAAGACUUCGACUAGUACAGCUUUCACCCGCCGAUUUGGAUCUCUACAACCGUACUUCCAAGUCGGCCUUUUUUUUUUUACCUCUGUUUCUCUCUGUCCCAUUUGAUAUUGUGGUACGUUUUCUUCCGCUAGCCUCGUGUUUUGCAUUAUACAAUUUCUUGAAACCUUAGACUUCACUGAAGCCCAGACGGUCAGUGGUCUGGAUUGAGAAUCGGGUGACUUCAAUAUGGUUCCUCAACUUCUUCGCUCUGCAAUUAACCCCUCUGCCUCGUGUUUUGCAUUUUACCAUUUUGGUCUUCGAACUUUAUGAUUUAUGAGUCCUCUGGUGGUGUGAAGCAUCCCUGAAAGAAUUAUGGAACAUUACCGGAGGAUGGUAAUAGUAUGAAACUUCAGAGUCACAUAUGAUAUUACGUAUUUCUUUCUUCUGUGUGAAAACUUAUCCCUUGUAUUGUUAGUUUGCUUUGUGUUCUGUAAAAAGGAUAGAUGCUUUCUUUUUCCUUGUCCUGUGUCUGUGUGGAGGAAUUCGAUGAUUUCUUGAAAUCCAAGCAAUAGACCAGACUGAUAUAUAUUCCUCUAGCUAGACUGUUGUUCUUAUCAUACCCGAGAGAACAGAAGACACAUUUCUCCUGUAAGAUUAGACUACUUGUUUGCAUUGUGAUUGCAUUCUUCAAUGUUUCCUUCAGGUACAUAGCUUUGUGGGACAAUCCAUACUGAAUCUCACUAGAAUUGGGCAAUUAUUUUAGAUUUUAACUCUUAUGCUAGCAUCCCAUCUGUAAAUGGGACUGAUUUAGCACAAUCGGAUGAAAAUUUUGACAUCUUUGUGUUUUUCAAUGCACAUUUUGUAGAAAUGAACUUACGAGAAGCUUUGACGACUGUGGCGGCUUUGUUGCUUCCCGCACUGAUUCUCGUCUGCAAGUGGCUAUUCCGGAGGAGGAGGAGGUCCUCCAAUAAUAACCCCCAGCUAUCAGAAUCUACAUGCAUUAUUGAUUCUUCUGCUUCAACUUCAGGUUCUGAUGCUUCCUUGCCCCUUCCAACUGGGGACUAUGAGGUCUUUUUAAGUUUUAGGGGUCCAGACACCCGCCGUGAGAUCACUGACGUCCUCUACCAUUUUCUUAUUCGCUCAAAAAUCCGCACAUUUAAACAUGAUGAGGAUCUUCCUGUGGACGAAGGAAUCUGGCCUAGUUUGGUGGAGGCCAUGAAGGAAUCCAGGAUUUAUGUUCCUAUUCUUUCAGAAACAUAUGCUGAAAGUAAGUGGUGCCUCAAAGAGCUUGCUGAAAUGGUUGAGUACCGCAAGCAAGACAAGGGGCGCAUCAUUUUACCCAUUUUCUAUAAGGUAAACCCUAGAGACGUGCGGAAACAGAGUGGGGCUUAUGAAGAAGCAUUUAAGCGACAUAUGAAGAAUUUUGAUGAUAAAACCUUGCAAAUUUGGAAAGAUGCUCUCAAGGAUGUUGGAGAAUUGAAAGGGUGGCAUGUAACAGACAAAGACGGGCAAGGGGCUAUAGCUGAUGAAGUUUUUGACAACAUAUGGUCAAAUCUAAGUGAGAAUUAUGAAUUAAUGACAGAUGAAUUGGUUGGAAUUGAUGCGCACUUGAAAGCAGUAGUUGAAAGACUAGAUUUAAACUCUAAAGCUGUGGCAACUGUUGGCAUUCACGGCCUUGGUGGUAUCGGCAAGACCACUGUUGCAACUGCUGUCUACAAUAAAGUUUGUGCUCACUUUGAUCGUCACUACUUUGUGGAAGAUGUAAGAGAAACAUUGCAACGGAGGGAUGGUAUCGUUGCUCUGCAAAAUAAGAUAAUCUCCGGCAUUGCGAAAAAGGCAACUCCUGUAUCUAAUGUUAGUGAAGGAAUCCGGAUGAUAAGAGAUAGAGUUAGCCAUUACAAGGUUCUUAUUGUUCUUGAUGAUGUAGAUGACAAGUUCAAAUUUGAUGGCAUCUUGGGAAAUUCUGAAAACUUCGUUUCUGGCAGUAGGUUUAUUGUUACUUCUAGAAAUAUUAAGGUUCUGACUUUACUCGAAGGAUGUCGGCUAUAUGAAGUCGGAGAAAUGAGCUAUGAACACUCCUUUGAACUUUUCUGCAAACAUGCAUUUAGAAAGGAUUCUGCUCCACGUGAUUAUGCAGCUUUGUCUAGAGACAUUGUAUCAACAACAGGAGGACUUCCACUGACUAUUAAGGUUGUAGGAUCACUUCUGUUUAAAGAAGAUAGAGCAGUUUGGGAAGAAACAUUGCUGCGGUUAAGAGAAACACCAGAGACAGAGGUCUUAGACCGGUUAAAGAUAAGUUAUGAUACAUUGGACGAUGAGGCAAAACAGAUAUUUCUUGACAUUGCCUGUUUCUGUGUUGGAACUGAUAAAGAAAAAGCUUCUUACAUGUGGAGUGAUUGUAAGUUUUAUCCCAUCAGUAGUAUUAAUGUUCUUGUCCAAAGAUCCAUAAUCAAGAUCAGAGAUAAUAAUGAGUUCAGCAUGCAUGAUCAACUUAGAGACCUGGGUAAAGCAAUUAUCCGGGAGGAAGAUAUGGAACAUCCAUGGAUGAGAAGUAGAAUAUGGUCCGAUGAGGAUGCUUUGGAGCUAUUACUUGGCAAAAAGGGAACAGAUAAAGUUAAAGCUCUGCGAGUAAAUUCUUCAUCUCCUGAGACAUGUCAGCUAACAAAUGAGCAUUUUAGGAACUUGUCUAAUUUGAGAUACUUCGAUGGAAAUUCUACGGAGUUUACUGGAGACUUCAGUGAUCUUCUUGAUAAUUUAAGAUGGCUUCAGUUGCAAUACCAUGCAGAUUCAGGUGACCAAUUGACCAAUUUUCACCUGAAUAAAUUGAUCAUUCUUGAUCUCCGUGGGAGCGAUAUCACAGAUGAUUGGGGAGGGUGGACUCAUAUAAAGAUGGCAGCAAAGCUAAAAGUUCUGGACCUCGCAUAUUGUCGUUACAUAACAAAACUUCCUGACCUUUCCACACAUGGGAGCCUCGAGCAUUUACACUUUUAUGCAUUGAGAGGGUCCACUCAAGACCUGGACCUUGGCAAUUUGAGGAACAUAAAGGUUUUGAAUCUUGAGAAUUGCAGAAUCAGGAAGAUAGUGGGGGUUAGUAUUGGAAUCCUUCAGGGGCUUCGGGAGCUAAAUAUCAGCUCGUGCAAGUGCGAGAACUUGGGACAAGUUCUCUUCGACAUAGUGACCCUGCCAUCUCUGAAGAUCCUCAGAGCAAUUAAAGUGAAGGAAGAAAAUGCAAUGGAACUUCCGAAAAGUUUGAAGGAGCUAAGCACCUCUGUCUCGGUCUCUAAUCUUCCAGAACUGACAAACUUAGAGCAAUUUACAUUUGAGUAUUGUGAAGAUUCUAAGCUUGAAAUCUCAGGCAGAGGAGAAGAGUGGUUGAAGCUGUCAAAGUUGACGUCUUUGGUAGUGAAGUAUGGAACCAACAUUAUGACCAUUGGCCCUCUUUCGCUCCCCCCAUCACUAACAGAGCUUCAUGUCUCCGUUUGCCCCAAACUAGAGAGGCUGCCAAAGUUGGACAAUCUGGAAAAUUUGACUGAACUCAUCCUCUACAGAUGUCCCAAGCUUCGGGAGAUUGAAGGCCUCGGAGGAACCCUGAAGUCAUUGCAAAGUCUGAAGAUAGAUUAUUGUGAGAGUUUGAUUCACAUCAACGGCCUCGAAGACCUCGUCUCUUUGACCGACUUGCACUUUGAAUCUCUGGAUGCAUUGGAGAGACUCCCCAUCAUCAAUCUAGCUUCUCUGAACAGGCUGAGUAAGGUUGAGAUCCUGCGUUGCCCUCUUCUCACUGAGAUAUUAUUUCGAGGUCCUGAGGAAGAUGGAGGCCAAGUACGACACGACUCUUUAACAGAACUUAAUGUUGGUGCAUGCACAUUGCUGCAAGGGCUACCUAAUCUGUCAAAGUUUCCAAAUUUGAGGAAGUUGAACGUUUGGGAUAUGAAGGGUAUAGCUAACUUGGAGGGUCUGGAAUAUCUGGAGGAUUUAAGAGUAUUGGAGCUUUUUGACUUGCCGUCAGUGGGUACAUUACCUUGUCUGUCCAAGCUGAGGAAAUUAGUGAUGUUGGUAGCUGCAGAUAUGCACCGACUGUGUGAGAUUCAGGGCCUUCAGGAUUUGGAAUCAUUGGAGCAGCUAGUCAUUCCUGGAUGCACGUCGCUGGAGAGACUGCCGGAUUUGUCUGGUCUAAAAAACCUGACAGUGGUGAACAUCCGAGAAUGCUGGAAGUUGACUGACCUUUCUGGUCUCAACAGUCUGCAGGGUGUAGUCAUAGACUGGCCACAGUAAAGAUAAGAUAAUCUUGUGAUGUAACCUGAAAUUGUACCAUAUGUAGUAUACUGAUUGUUUUUUUUUUUUUUAUGUUUGUUUGUCUUCCAAUUCAAUGUUUGUGUCUUAAACUUCUUUAUUAGCACUCUCUCUCCUAUGAUAACUUGUCAGUUUAUCACUUCUGACUGCUAAUAUGUAAAGUAAUUAAGGGUUCCCAAAUUAUCAACUUGUCUCUAGCUGUUAAACGAUCCAGUGUAUCCAAUAAGGCAAAAGUAGAGUCUUUUGUAGGGAAAAAUCCUAGAAUACGUAAAAAAAAUUCUCAAAAUACAGUACUUAUGAAAAUAUUUCUCAAAAUACAAUAGUUUGGACAUCACCGCUGCAGACGAAGACAAUGAAUAUCAUCACCGUUUUUGUAAAAAACAGUGAACCCUUCACCGCUGUCGUCCAAAACGGGGAACCCUUCACCGUUGUCGUCCAAAACGGGGAUUUUUUCCCCACGUUUUACAACCCUAGUAGGUUGGAAGUUAGGUAACAGCGACCUAGCAUUCACCGUCUUGGUCAAAAGCGGUGAUGGUUCACCACUAUUGUCAAGCGCGAUGAUUAGGCCCCAAAAAUUUCUAUAAAAACCCAGCCCUUAGAUUUCUCCAGCUACCUUACAGAAAUUCAGUACGAAAUUAGUGCCUUUUUGGUCCUUUUCUCAGUUGGCUUACAGCAACAAGAAAUUCACCGGGAUUCGGUAUGCUAUAAUUAUGUAUUGUUUACAUGUUGAUGUAUUAGUAAUUAUAUGUAUGUAUUUAGUGAAUUUCGGUUAUUGGCAAAUAUGUUAUGUUAGAGAUAUUUAGAUGAAUUAUGGUAUGAUUGAUGUUAGUUAGUUAUGAAUUUAGAUGAAUUUGGAUAGUUUUCUCAUGAUAGAUCAGUUAGUUGCGGUUGUUAAUGGGUUUGGAUGAUAUUAUUUUUUAUCCCUAAUGUACUAAUUAUACUAUAGUAAUCUUAUUCGAGUUAAGCUAAUAGUUACUUAUUGUAAUUUGCAGCAUGGGUAAAUUUAAGAAGUUUCAACUUAUUAUUUGGUGGAAUGGUCGGGUGACAAACUCCGACUUUGGGAUCGACUAUGAAAAUGGCGAAUCCACUAUGCUAAAAAUUGAGUCGAGAUUCACGUGGCAAGAACUACGUGACAUUUGUGCAGAAAGGACUUGUAUGGAUGGGCAAAGAAGAGUUGGUCAAAUUACUUACCGGUAUCCAAACAUGAGUGCUGGCGGAGUUAUGUACGAAGAAGUUGUCAUAAAUGAUGAUGACGCGGUGAACAUGAUGAUACAGUUCCUAUCUGACAACGGGAUGCGGCUUGCAGAAGUGUAUGUCAAGACCGAGCCGGUCGGUGAAACUCAUUUUCACCAAUAUUCUUGUGAUGAUGGUUUUGCAGGAGGGUACGGCUGGGGUGGUAGUUCAAGUAACAUUGGAGGAGGUAGUUCUGCAGGAGGCUACGACUGGGGUGGAGGUCCAAGCAACUACGGAGGAGGUAAUUAUGCAGGAGGUGUUGGGUGGGAAGAGUACCCGCAAAAUGCUGAGACUUCCCCAUUCGUUGAGCCCGACGGUGAUCAAUGGCCUGCUUGGGGGUCAGAGUGGGCUGACAUUGAGAACCACCUUCGAACUGGGCGUACUUCACAUGACCGAGAAGAUGAGGUUGGUUAUGUUGGUAACGAUGAUCCUCCUGAGCCGAGCUAUCCAUUCGCCUCCAGCGACGAGGAAAAUGAGGAAGAUUUGAGAUCAGGCAGUGAGGAUGAAGAUACGAACGAUAUCGAGGAGAGCGAGGUGGCAUUCCGUGAGGCACCAACGCCUUACUACACAGAGGUUUCAUCUCAACUUUUAUAUAGUCAGAACGAUCCCCCUGACUUUCAGCCUAUGCCUGUGUAUAAUCCAAUUGCCAAUUUGGAGGUGGGUAUGGCGGUCAUUUCGAAAGUUGAUGUUCAAUAUGCUUUUAUCGAAGAAGCCAUGCGGUGCAAUUUCGAAUGGAAGGUAAAAUAUUCUGACACCAAACAACUGCAUGUCAUUUGCAAAAAUGCUGGAGAGGGUUGUUUGUGGCAACUGCGGGCUGAAAAUAUGAAGAGAAAGGGUGCCUGGGUCAUUCGGACAGCAGAGAACAACCACAGCUGCUCCUCAAACAUACUGUCCUAGGAUCACCGGCAACUGAAAGCAAAGAAAGUGGCAAGAACCAUUAAGCACUUGAUUGAGGCACAACCAUAUAUUAAAAUCAAAGCUAUCAUGACCGAGGUGAAGGAUCGACACUCCUAAACGAUCAAGUAUAAGAAGGCGUGGCAUGGGAAGCAGAAGGCCAUGGCUGAGGUAUAUGGUGAUUGGGACGACUCAUAUGCUUUACUCCCUAGAUUAAUGGCCGCAGUGGAGGAGUCCAACCCUGGGACUGUUUUCGUGCCCUGUUACAACAAUGUAUACACUGAGGAUCAAGUUCGAGUACAGAACGAGUUGAUGUUUCAUCGUCUGUUCUGGACCUUCAAGCCAUGCAUUGAUGGUUUUGCUUUCUGCAUGCCAGUUAUCCAGGUAUAUUACGGUCUAAACAAUGUUGUUGUGUUUUUUUUACUAAGUAAUAUUUAUACUAACUAUAAAUAAUUUUAACAGGUUGAUGGAACAUUCCUUACUGGGAAGUAUAAAGGAACUCUUCUCAUUGCCACUGGCGUUGAUGGAAAUUUAAGUAUAUUCCCCCUGGCGUUUGCAUUACUUGAAGGGGAGAACAACUUAAGUUGGGCAUGGUUCUUUGACAUGCUACACCACCACUUCACACAAAGAAUGGGUGUUACAAUUAUAUCUGAUCGACAUGUCGGGAUUAAGCACGCCGUGAAUGGUUUUCCCGACGAAUGGGGGUGGACAUGGCGCUGGUGUAUUCGACACUUUCUUGCAAAUUUCCAGCACAAGUUUGGGAAGAAGAAAGACAUAAGAGAUCAAUUGUGGAGUGCAUGUACUAAUGUAAUUCUGUGCUUGUUCAUGGUUUACUUUUCAUAUGAAAUUUCUCAUGUCUUAAUUAUUUAUUCUGUGGUCUUGAAGCGGUUGCACAUCAACCAAAAAAAUGAGCAGAAGAUGAAGGCGAUCUGUCAGAUACACCGGGCUGGUGCAGUUUGGGCAGAAGGUAAAGAUCUGCACAUGUGGACAUUCCACAUGGACAACAGGGCUAGAUUCGACAUUGCAACUACCAACCAUGGCGAGAGCAUAAAUGGAGUCUACAAGGGCGUUAGGGAAAUGCAUGUAUCUGUCCUAGUGGAAAUGACGUACUGGAAGGUAAACGAGUGGUUUGUGAAGCGACUUUAGCAAGUUAUAGGGAGGGAGCGUGCUGGUCAUGCAAUAGCACUUCAUGUCGAACAGGACAUGCAGAAGAAGGAGGAGAAAUCAAGUAAGCACAGAGUUGUUCUUUGCAACCGCAAUGAAGGUGUUUUUGCUGUUCAAAUAGGUAUCUGGGGAGGAGGUAGACAUGGGCACAAUUGUCAAUCUGUUACUCUACACGUAGAAACUCGCACCGGUGAGUGUACAUUGCCAAAAGUACCAAAACACAAGAAUCCCAUGUUCACAUGCAAUGGCAGUAUCUAAGUCAACAACCCUUAGCCCUUACAGUUUGGUGAGUCCUUACUUCACCGAACAAGAGAUCAAGAACUCGUACUCGUGCAGUUUCACCCCCCUUCCAGAUGAAGCUUAUUGGCAUGUAGACAAUGGGAAGUUGAUAAUCCCACCGUUGCACUUAAAGCGCACCAAGGGUCGUCCUUGAACCCAAAGGAUUCACAAUGAGAUGGAUCAAGCACAACGUGCCAGGCGAGGUCCUAAGAGUUGCUCAAAAUGCAGACAACCGGGACAUGACAAGAGGCGUUGCCCAGGUCCACCUAUCAAGCAAGAUUCAGGCACAAAUCCGAACCAACCAUGAGGUUGUUGUAUGUUCGAGUGAUUUAGUUGUAAUGGUUUUUAAGUUGGAGUUCUAGUAUUAAUCUUGUUGAGUGAUUGUAAUGAUGAUGGAUUUGUGCUUUGACUUGGUACAACAUUUAUUUUUAAACGACAUGGAUAGUGUAACGAAAACAAACAUGACAUAACUAACCAUGGUAGUUUAAUGAAAACACACAAUAGAGCACAUGACAUAACUUGACAAUGGAUAGUUUAAUGAAAACACACAAUAGAGAAUAAGACGACAUGGAUAGUUUAAUGAAAACACACAAGACAUAAAUAAACAAAGAUCAAAUGGAUAGUUCACUGGUCUCCUUCAUUUUCUCUCCCUCGUCCUCGUCCUCCAUGGCAACCUCGACCCCUUCUUCCUCCUUCUCUGCCUCUUGCUUCUUCGCGAGCCUGUUGGACGACUGCUCGCGGAUGCCUCUUAAUCCAACGUCCGACCGGAGUAUCGGUGGAGGCACAGAUGGCUAAGAUGGACCAGAAGUGUGGUAGUAGGCAGAAGAUGUGCGCUGAGAUGUGGGCUGAGAUGUGGGCAGAGGAGGUGGUGUCUGAAAAAUCGAGGUCUGUUUGCUGAUGGUGGAAAUGAGGGAACCCUUGAUGAACAUGUCAUAUUCCUGUUGCGGGGCAUAAAUUGACGAUCCUGGAGCGCCUUCCAUUGUAGUUGACCACUCAUGAUCUGGCUAUGGGCCAGGCAGUUGUGUUUGCUGAGUCGAACGGAGUUUUUCAAUGUUUGGCUGGGCUCUUUUCUUACUCCUCCGUGGGGGCUCAGCUGGGGGCAUAAUGGGCUCAUCAUCACGGAAAGAAGGUCGAGGCGGAGCAGGCACCGGAGGGUAUACGAUGACAUCCCUCCUUUGCUCUCGCGUACAACUGAGCAGGUUGUUAAAAAGCCUUCGUAUGAAAGAUGUCUUCCGCUCGUCCAUGGUAGGUGCACUCUCGACAGUGUGCUUGGCAUGUUCCAAGCCAUCAACCUAAUACAAAUAAUUAGAAAAUGCAAUAAAUUAAUAUAAUCAAGUUAAUUGCCAUGACUCAAAUCUAAGCAUGUAAUCUAGGGACAAAAGCAUAAAAAUAUGACGAAGAUUAAGAAUUGGAAACACUUACCACCUCUCCCCACACAGCACCUUUCUUUGACACCCAUCUAAGUGUGAAUUUCCGAUACCACACCAUGUAUCCAUCGUGGUACCCCAUUGGCCUCGUCUCCGGUAAACCUUGGACAACCCAAGUCGUUCUAUUCUCCCAAAUGUUGAUGUAGAACUCAUGCUUGCGGAUCCAAUUCUUUGAUUUGUGUCGUAGGCCGAUGGCAUAGAGCUCUUUGAACCCUUGAGUUGGGAAUGCUGGAAUUGGUUGCUCCAUCCGAUUUUGCCUCAAUGCUCGAUCCGGCAGGUGCCACUCCACCAUGUGCCAACAGAUCAAGGGCACCUUGCACAACCACGUCUCUAUAUCCUGGGGGUGUCUAAGACGAUGAAUCUCGACGACUUGAGGUGGAUAUGGAUCCCAUGUCACCUACACUCAUUAAUGAUUUGGAUGUAGUACAAAUUGCAACCUAAUCCAUUAAAAGAUUUUAAAAUGAUCCAAUUUGACAUUUUUACCUGGUUCCACCAAGGCUUAUCAAACUCAGCACGAUAAAACAUUAAGGAGUGCUCGGGCUGGUGGUCAUUUGUAUUUGCUCCGAUCCACCUUAUUAAGAAAAAGUACAUAUAUAAUAUAUUUUAAAAGAAUAUAUGCGUUGCUAUGCAUGUGAGAAUUCACUAAAUUAGCUAAAUUGCAUACUUGGAAUGAAUCUAAAUUCGCUAAAUUGCAUACUUGGACUGUAUCUAAAUUCACUAAAUUCACAAAAAUACUAAAAUUGUAUAAUUGGAUUGUAUCUAAAUUCACUAAAUUCACUAAAAUAUUAAAAUUGCAUACUUGGAUUGUAUCUAAAUUCACUAAAUUCGCUAAAUUCUCUAAAUUGACUAAAAUACUAAAAUUGCAUAUUUGGAAUAAAAUUAGCAUGUAAAUUAAUCUUACUUGACCCAUAGGGGGGAUUUUCUAGAAAGCGUAGCUCCUCAUCUGGACCCCAAAAUUCCCGUGGGUCUCGGGGAGCGAACAUUGGAAGAUGCUCCCAUGCCCAGAGUUGGAGUAUGAACAUCGCACCUCCAGCUUGUUUCGCUCCCAACCUCGAGCAAGUACACAUCUCUUGGUAGAUCCCAGCAAAUACGGCCGACCACCAACUCUUUCCCCCGAUCUCGUCCCAAUCACCGAGGAGCAACGAAAACCACAUGCCUUGAAUCCAACAGUUUGCCUUGUCGGGGAACAGAAAUCCACCAACCAAUCCAAUGAGGUAGACGCGUGCAUAUCUCUCCACCUGAUCUUUGGGGUGUCUGGGCCUAAAUUAACUUCCUGUUGGAUGUGUUCAACAAGCCACGGGAUUGAAACUUGCCCCGCAUUGAGCGGUGGAUGCCCAACGCCUUGAACGGGCGUUGUGGUCGGCAUGUUGAACCCCAAACGCUCGAGAAUCAACGGCCCCCAACCACCUUCGGGUUUACUUGAGUUUCCGAUGAUGGCCUCUCCAGUGACUGGCAGCCCGGUGAGUAGGGCAACAUCUCUGAUGGUGAUCGUCAUUUCCCCAUCGGGAAAGUGGAAGGUAUGCACUUCGGGGCGCCAUCGGUCUGCCAUUGCGGUAAGCAGAUCAUUGUCGAUAUCAAGCCGCAUGAAAUGCCUCAGCAUGUGCAAUCCCAUCCUCUAUAGAUAGGGCUCGAGACGAGGAUGCCAAUUAGGCAAUCGACAUGUCCCUCGAUGACUGAUGGGAAUAAGUGAUUCCUACAAAACAAAACAAAAAAUACGGAAAAAAAACAAAACAAAAACUUUUAACCUAUUGAAAUAAUUUAAAAAUUUAUACGGUACAAACAGAGUGUCUACCGGAUUAUUGUCCCAAAUUGCAUGGGAGCGAUGUUGUUCUUGCUCGUUUGAAUAUUUGCGAUCCCUUGGGCCAGGAUCGAUAUACAAACGAGGGUCGUAUAUCUCAGCACCCAUCUAUAAACAAAUAUGAAAUGAAAUUAUAAUAUUUCAAUUCCAUUUAAAUAAACAUCAACAAAGGUGGAAAUUUUUUUUCGUACUCUUAGAGCCUCUUCGUCCAUUUUUUACCGAAAAGCUGGAGAGAGUAUCGACGAAACUUUAGAGCAAAGUAUUUAAAACAAAAUAAAAACUCUAGUAAUUCUUUUUGAUGUGGAAGAUCGGACUUAACCGCAACCACAGAGCAUACUUAAAACGAGACUAGAGGGAAGUAAUGGAGGGAGAAAGAAGUAUAAAAUUGGUGGUGUGGGUUGGAAUGAGGGGGGAUGGGGUGGUAUUUAUAAGGAGGACCACAGAGCAUUCCCCCGCUCUGGUCCACGACGGUGAUGCAUUCCCUGCGAUUCUCGAGGGCGGUGAAAUGCGUGGAUCGCUGACGUGGCUUGGUUUGAGGCGUUGGAUCUGGGAGAAAAACCAGAAUCCGCGCCUCACCGCAUCUGACGGUGAAGCGCGCGGACGACAAGGAUCGAUGACGUGGACAGCGCGGGCUAUCACCGCUUUUGUGAUUAACGGUGAAGUGCCCGCGCGUGUCCACGUCAGCGAUCCGCGCCACUUCCCCGUUUUGGACGACAGCGGUGAAGGGUUCACCAGUUUUGUUUGCAUCGGUGAUGACAUUCACUGUCUUGGUCUGCAGAGGUGAUGCCCAAAGUGCUGUAUUUUGGGAAAUUUUUCAUAAGUACUGUAUUUUGGGAUUUUUUUUACUAACUAGUGUAUUCUGGGAUUUUUUUCCCUUUUGUAGAGAGAGUAAUACUCAAAUGAGUGUGAAACAAAGAGAAACGACCUAUGUUGGCAACGUGUGUAAUGACCUGGAUAUGCUAGGACUUAAUUGUAGGAUAUAGAAGUAGGAGGACUAAAACAAACAUUUGUAAUUGGCUAUAAGCAUGUGUUUUAAUCGUGUGGAAUUUUUUUUUUUUUUUUUUACAAAAGAUAAUCAAAUUGAUUCAAGAACAAAUAGUUUCACCCUGGAAAUCAGCCCGGCCUGAAAAUCAAAGAAACGGCUCGUAGCCGGUACAAAGACAGGGCUUCUCUAGCCACCAAAUGGGCUACCAUAUUGUUACUCCGACCUACAAACCGCACACUAAACCCAGAAUGGGCUGCUAAGAGAUUGACAACUUCCUGAAGAAUCGCCCCCAUCUGGUUAUCUCUUGUGCCCGCCCGAUUGAUCUUAUCAAUAAUGACUUUGACAUCGCCUUCAAAUUUCAUUUCUGCGAAUCCCAGGCCCUGGCACCACCGAAUGGCCUCCCUUAGAACCAGAAGCUCGCCUACCAGGGGCGCAUCAAAUACAAUCUACAGAAAUUGCUUCCUACUUCCCUAUCUCUUCUCUUCUUCCUUCCUCUGCUCUGUCUCUGUUCUUCUCCUUCUUCUAAUCAUCUUCUCCAAUUUUCCUUUAUUUUCUCAAACCCUUCUAUUCUUCUCUUCAAUUACCAAUUGUUGAUCCUCAAUCGCCAAGAAUUGAUCCAGCAGCACUCCGGAACGCUACAAAUUGGUAUCAGAGCCUCUUCUUGGCAACCGUGGCGACUGCAACACGUUGGGACAACAGUGAAGGACGAUUUGCAAAGGCAACACGUUGGGAUGGUAGUGAAGGUCAAUUUGACCCCGAUUUGCUGAGUUUUCCGGAGCGGUGUAGGUCUGGUUUUGUGGCCGCAGUUACCGAUGGGGAGGAGCCUCUAGCUGGCUGGCUGGAACUCUGCUGAAAUCACCCGCCCACCAUAUGUUCGACGAAUUGACGAGCAGAAGGUUUCGACGACGAAGACUCAUUUUCCUGGGGUAGUUUCUUCUACCGUCAUUCCAGCUCGUAAGUGUUCCAAACAUCUCCCUACCGCAACUGGAAUUCACAGCCUACUGGACGAUAAUUCUCCAUCUACUCAACUUUUGGAGUUUCCCUCUUUCGUCAAUGAGUUUAACGAGCUUAGGCAGCAAGGGUCUUUGUUAGGGUAUAAAGCACAGUUUGAGGAAUUGAAACCACUGAUGGCUCGAUUUAGUCCUACAUUGGAUGAGGAGUUUUUCAUUUCGCGGUUUAUCAGUGGUUUAGCGGAAGAGCUACAGCCAGUUCUGUCCAUAUUCUAGCCCUAUAUUCGAACAUUAGCUCAACCCUACAAUCGAGCUCAAUGGGAAGAAGAUGUCAUUGCGGCCUGCAAAUUACAGCUUGGCGAGCUUGGUGAUUUCGUAGGUUUGGAAGUAGAACAAGAUAAUGUCAAGUUGAUUUAAGCGGUGGUAGGUGUAAAUAUGGAGAAUGUAGGCAGUGGGGAAGCGGCAGAGACUAACGGUUCAUAUUCAGAAGUGAGUACGGUGAGUGUAUAUGGGCAUGUUUUGCCCUCCCUUGUUUCAACCUCGAAAGACUAUACUUGGAAGGGUGACUUAGCUGUUGAUAAUGGGGUAUUACAGCAAGCAGUGAUGGGGGCUUGGCAACAGCUACAACAACAAAUGAAGAUGUUGUACUAAUUGAGAAGGCCUUAGAAACGUGUCAUUCGCAGUUGAAGCAGAUUAAAGCCAACAUAAUUGCUGUUGUUGAGUACAAGGACACAACUCCUUACCUUACAGUCUUGGACCCAAUGGGAAUUGUCAUAACAAUUGUAGUGUCUCCUAGUAGCAUAGAAUCAUAAUCGAACUUGAAGAAGUCGAACUUGGAAAAGAACGAACCCAAUGUUGAAGGUGAGGUAUUGAUUGCAAAAGCUUAUGAUGUCAAUGGCUGUUUCACUAUGAUGUCAACAUCUCAUGUGGCUGCCAAUGCUAAGGCUAUUGUUGGGAAAACCAUUGAUUUCAUUUUUUGUCCAGGUGAUGAUGAUUUUAGGACUAUGGUUGUCAUUGUGAACUGCUGCAACUCCAAUAAGGGAUAUAAUUUCACAUCUGAAUCAGUGGAUUGCAGGGGAAAACUACGGCAUGGCAGCUGGAAUUAUAAGUAUCGGGUUAUCCCACUUAUUAUGGUGUUUAGGUCAUUUAUUGUGGCAGGAAUAGUAGUCCUGAUUUCAAAGAGCCAUAUAAGGAUGAUGCUCUAAGAGGCAGUGGGCAUGGAGCUGUUUGUGAUAUCUAUGAGAUUAAGUGUGCAGGGUGUUGUGAUUUUGUUCAAACUAUUGCGAGAGUUCCAGUCUUGGAUUCAAGAAGGGUUGUGGUACUGAUGUCUUCUCUUGGCGGGGUCAAUGGUCCUUGUGUUUGGACUCUUCCGUGGAGAUGUAUUUAAGUUGAAUGGUUCUGUCCAUAGGUAUGUAGUUGUUGUCCAUUAGAUGUUCCCUUCGCUUUUGGUUGUUUUCAUAAGGCUUGAGGACAAGCCUAUUCCCAAGGAGUGGGGAUUGUAAUGACCUGGAUAUGCUAGGACUUAAUUGUAAGAGAUAGAAGUAGGAGGACUAAAACAAACAUUUGUAAUUGGCUAUAAAACCUGUGUUUUAAUCGUGUGGAAGGUUAUCGAAUACAAUCUACAGAAAUUGCUUCCUACUUCCUUCCUUCCUCUGCUCUGUCUCUGUUCUUCUUCUCCUUCUUCUAAUCUUCUUCUUCAAUUCUCCUUUCUCUUCUCAAACCCUUCUAUUCUUAUCUUCAAUUCCCAAUUGUUGAUCCUCAAUCACCAAGAAUUGAUCCAACAGCACUUUGGAACGCUAUAGCGUGAAGGGCCAUAUUUGCUUCAUAGAGAUUUGGCCACCAUGCUUAAUCCAAGUACAUGAAAAAGUGGCGGAAUCGAAAUCUUUUGGAGUUUCUCCCAUGUACAUGAAUUGUUUGUGUUAAGAAGUGUCAACCUUUUUUUUUUUUCUGAGAUAUAACAAGAUAUAACAUUAGAAAAUAACAUUUCUUUCUAAGAGAAACACAAUGCAUUAUUCAUUCCAUGCUACCUUGACUUGACUAGCAAACUUAAGAGGACUUCCCUAUCAAACUGGAUUUUACAUUUCUGCUACCCUAGCUAAGAGUCACAUGUUUAUUAUUGUUACUAGGUGCUACUUCAUGUUUCACCCUUGUGAAGAAAAAAAAAGACCAAGUUUCUUAUUUGAUCUUUCAUUCUUGCUCAUCCCUUUCUCUCAACCUCAAAUAAAAAGACACUAGUGAAAUUUCACUCUCAAUCCAAAAGGUUGGAAGUGGCCUCAUAACCUAUGGAACCAUAUGAUAGGUUCAUUCAUCUUUGUCCUAUACUUUCUUUGAUUUUCAAUUAUUCUCUAUUUCUCUUCUCUUUUCCAUCUUAAUUGAAUGUCUAGGAUAAAUUAGAAGUUUAUUUUGAUUUGUCGGGCUGAAACAUAAGUAUGUUCCUAUCUCUUUGUUAUUUUUCAUUCAUAGGUUUUCUAAGUAUUAGUUGUCGAGCUCCAAAUCCAACAUAUUCUUCUUUCUACAAUAGUAUGCAUAUCACCUUCCUCUGAUCCAUAGUCUCGUUGGUGAAUGAUUUCAAACUACAACAUUUUGGUGAUAUUUUUGUUGCUUUUACAAUUGUCUUAGGGUACAUUUUGCUAAAUCAUUCAUAUAAAACAUUUACAUUGCUAAAUCAACUUGCCGUGAAGCGCAAGCGAGCGGGCCAUAACUCGUGUUUGUUAAUCGAAAAUCUUUUGUAAAUCGAAAGUCUAUGCAUUUUAAUUGAUUCGGAUUAAUGAUCUAUAUGGAUGAGAUAUUCAACUAUAUAAUACACACUAGCUUUUGACCCGGCUUGUUGGCCGGAUUACUAUAAGUUACUAACUCGUGGAACGAGAGAGACUUAGAGCGGAAGAGCAUAUAUUUCCAGAGAAUUGUAUAUUCAAAAUAUUAAUAAAGCAUUAGUAUAUAAAUUUAUUAAAAAUUAUUAAAAAUACUAACAAAUUUUAGACCAAUAUAUACAUCUAAAUCAAGAUAAAACAACAUCUCUUAUUUUUUUAAUUCAACAUAUACAUCCAAAUCAAGAAGAAAAUAACAAAGUUUAAUAGCUAAUGCGAACAAUUUGUUAUCAAUUUUAUAUAUAAAAUUAUCUAAAUCCAAUUUGUAUUUAUUUAUAAAAUAAAAAAUUACACAUUUUCCCCUCGCAUCUCAACCUCUAAGGUUUUCCCAAAUGGAAUCCUAAUAAUCCACUGCAUGGUCAUGCUGUUUCUCAUCAUCUUCUUAUUUUUUCUGGCCAUUGACCGUCAAUUCUUAGUUCCCUUACACCAAAAGGGUAUCAUCUACAAAGAUCCAAGAUUCUAAUAAUUAAAAUUCUUGCACCAGUCCAAACAACCUCUAAAUCAGUGGCUCAAUAAUCUCACCGAAUCUAUAUUUUCCAAUUUAGUCCCGAGCUCUUAAUCCGGAUGAGUUCACAUCACAUGUUAAGAUCCUGAAUUCUAUAGAUUUUUAGUUGAUCGCUGGUGAUUGACAUAUAAUUGGUUUGUUAAUAUGAGCCCUACAGAGAGAUUGUAUUGUCAUCUAUUAUUCUCUGUCCUUAGUCUCACCCGUCAUAUGUAUGACUAUCUCUGAUAAAACAACCGAACCGAUCGUUGUCUUUUAGUCGCAUCUAUUAAUUCGCGAAUGUUUUUUUUUUUAAUUCCUCUGAGUUCGUAUUUUUCUGCUCUAAAGUAGGAGCACCAACCAUGUCAAUCAAAUUGUGUGGCUUAAGGAUUACGUAAUGUUAGAAAAUGUGUAAAUAAUUUUAAUAAAAAUGAAUUAUUUUUAAAUCAAAUAGCUAUAGAUAAACAAGCUACUCGUUCUAAUAUCAAUGUAAAAGACACUCGAUAAAUGACUCAUUACUCGACUUUGGCUACCUGAUGAAAUACUAAAUUUCAAUCAACUACGACUAAUAGCUAAAGAUUGUGAAACCGUACAGGAGGUUAUACUUGAAAAGUCAAUGAUAGAGUAUUUUAUACUAAAACCUUGGUUUAAUUGUAGUUCAACUAUUUACUACUGUUAAAACUGUCUACCAUUUUGAUCGGGUAUCCGGUAUUUUUGGUCGUACCGUUCUCUAUGGUAAGGUUUCUAAAACAUUGAUAAUAGCACAAAUAAUAAGUAUACUUCUGGUUGGGUCCAAUAAGCAAAAGCCGGACCCGGCCAGCAAUCCAAUAAACCAGGUCCCGCAAAAAAUCUCGAUUGCUCAUUCUGCCCCAAACAGUUAAAUAAGACCCAGCAUGCACCUAGAUAUGGGAAGGCGCACUCAACGACAACACCAAAGAGAAAAUUGUCCACAUUGUAGGGAAGAAACUAUUGAACCAAAAGACGAGGUCGCUCCGCUUCGUAGACAAGGCUCGUUCCGUACUUGACUUACGAGCUCGUGUAGUAGUCCCCCCUAUCUCUAUCUCUAAAGGGGCUUAUGCGAGAUCUGCUCACUUCCACACCGACUCAAUAACGUAAUCCUCUCGAAAGGGGUUUGAAAGCUUCGCAUAACCCCUAUGAGCGACUACGCCUUUCUUUAUAUGUUUUGGCCACGUCUGUUUCCGCUCCGAAAAUGAUUCGGGGGCAAAAAAAAGAAGGUUGUUCAAAUGGCUUCUUUUUGGCACAAAAAGGCUCACGAAAGCUUUCCCCGAUGCACAGACGAGGCCACACGACAAUCUUGUUUGUCAUACUAAUGCUCAAACAUAUUAGGUAAGACCACUUAAAAGGUCAAACAGAGUGUCAUAAACAAAUAUGCACCCGAACCAUUAUUGAAUGUGCUCAGAGUGCCUUGAUAUGAUUUGAUGUGUGCGGACAUAGCAUUAAUGAUGUUUAACAUGAUUUGCCCAGUAUAAAUAGUGUCAACAUUA